AUGUUCGAGGCGGAGUCUCCCCGGCACUGGAUCAUGGGUAAGGCGGCGUUUGAAGGACGCAUGCCGCACCAUGACGGUAUCGAGGCCCUGUGGGAGGAGAAGUGGCAACCAAUGUGCGCCAAAUCAGCUUACCCCUUCCACGACGGCGCCUACGAGGACUUCGAGCCCAUCUUUCAGCAUCUGAUCGAGAAUAACAUCAACGACGCCACGUCGCCCGACUAUACCUCGGCCUUCAUCUCUGCCGCACGCAAAAUCGCAGAGCAAGGCGACCGUGCACUGGAGAAAAAUAACCAGCAUGACCAGGCCUUGUCAUUGUAUCUGCGCGCAUGCGCCGUCUACCGCAUCGCCCGCUUCCCCUACAUCACGAGCUUCCCGCAAGUGAACGACAAGCGGAAGUGGACGGCGUGGGAGGAGCAGAAGCGCGUGUACCGCAAGGCGGGCGAGCUGUGGGAGAACCCGCUGGAGGAGGCCAGCGUGCCGCACACGCACGCCGAAGGCAGGGACCUCGACGUGAUUCCGGUUUACGUGCGGAUGCCGAAUCCCUUGGCGGCCCGGGGCGUCGCGAGGAGGAACGGCGCGCCCGUCGUCGUGCUGAUGACGGGCCUCGACGGGUACCGGCCGGAUAAUACGGCCAGGUGCGAAGAGUGUUUGCGCAGGGGCUGGGCCACGGUCGUGGUCGAGAUCCCCGGCACAGCCGACUGCCCGGCCGACAGCGCCGACCCGGAGUCUCCCGAUCGGCUGUGGUCGAGCCUGUUCGAAUGGAUGGAAGAUGACGGCCGGUUCGACAUGCGGCGCAUCAUUGUCUGGGGGCUGAGCUGUGGCGGGUACUACGCCGUCCGCAUCGCGCACACGCACCCGCACCGGCUGGCCGGUUGUGUGGCCCAGGGUGCUGGAUGCCACUAUUUCUUCGGCAAGGACUGGCUGGAGAAGGUUGAUGGGCACGAAUAUCCUUUCCAGUUGACCCCCGCCAUGGCCAUGAAGUACGGCUUUGAUUCGGUUGAAGAGUACAAGGAGAAUGCGCAGCACAAGUUCUCGCUCCUUUAUUCCGGCAUCCUUGACAAGCCGGCUACGAGGCUGCUGCUGGUCAACGGCACCCGCGACGGCCUCAUGCCCAUCGAGGACUCGUUGAUGCUGUUCGAGCACGGCACGCCCAAGGAAGGUCGCUUCUUCGGCGGCAACCUGCACAUGGGCUACCCGCAGGCCAACUCGUGCGUUUACCCGUGGAUGGAAGAGAUCAUGGCAUCGGUUAGGGAGUGA